AUGACUAUUGACAAAAAGUCCACCAGAGUGAUUCUUUUGCCGAAAGCACCUGGCUCUGAGACCCACUCGGUCUUGACAUUACCACACCCUAGGACCCAAGAGCCUGCCAACUACAUCAUUAUAACCAACAGCGAGUCGAAGCCAGCCGUCUCCACGCUUUACGAAUUGAAGGAAAUAUCGGGGAAGAACCCACACCACCAACAGCAACAGCUAGCUCCCGAAACGAAGGAUGGAAAAACAGUCAAGUCGUUGAUUUUCGAGAGAUACGAAGGUACGGGCGGGCCAAGCACCCAGGGGUUGGUUAUCCAAGACCCUGCGAUGACCAUUGCUACCAGGUAUAACCUUGCUUACACUCUCAUCGCUUAUUUUACCUCCUCGUCAAAUACCUCUACGCGCUACCAGUCGUUGGAAGAUCUCAUCGACUCCAUUUCAGCCGUUGGCUUGUUUACCGAUUUCAGCAGCAAGAUCCCGGAAGCUAUGAUCAAAGCGGCUUUGCAGCCAAUCUGCGAAACAAUCACUGAGAACGUCGGUGAGGACGAUGUAGAGGUCUACUACAGGUUUUCUCGGGCUCGGUGCUUGGAGUUUUUGAUGGCCAAAGUCACCAAGCUUGCAGGCCACUUCCCUGAGUCUAUCAUGGAAGCACACAUCAAGCCUAUGCUAUUUUCCCCCACCUUUGCCUCCUCUGCCGAUAGUGAGACAGGUAACGAUGAAGUCGUGUACCAAUGCAAGUUGAAGUACUCUGCGUUUCUCAUUGGCUCGUACCUCAGCCCUGAGUUUAUAACCGAGUUGAUGAAACAGUUAGAUAUUACAAAGUUGGUGGUAUAUUUGGAUGAGUUGAAGGCUAACAAGGAGAAGGCUGCAUUGGCCGAAGAGAACAUGAGGUUGUUGGCGGAGCAAAGUGCCGGGGCAGGCAAGUCCAAAAAGAAACCCACUGCUACAAAGAAAGCCACCAAGAAGGCCACGCUUCCUAGGAAGGUGGCCAUUGGAUCUGGGGCCUUGGACGGCUUCUUUAAGAAGGCCUAG